AUGGACACUAUGGAACCUAAAUCUGCUCUAGAUAUUCUUAGCACAUGCCCCUUUGCAAUAGGUUUUUGGCGCAGUUCACCAUUGGCACCAGCAUCUCUACUAAAUUUUGAACAGUCUUCUUGUGAGUGGGUGUUAGAUAAAGCUAGAUUACUCUCCAAAUCUGUUGGGGUGGUCAAUUUGGGAGACACGAAAUGGGAAGCUUUGGCAUAA